CACAGAGCUGCCGUCAAUAGGUUUGACUGCGGAGCGUUGCCGCGGUGGAGAUCUGCAGGAAUUCUAGUCUUAUUAACAAAGACGAGGUUAUUUUUGCAAUCGCUUUUCUCUUUCUUUUUUUUCUGCCUGUGAAGGCACAGCCUUUUGUCUCCCCCUCACUGAAUCACAUGUGUGUGGAAAGAGACUGCAGCGUGUGAAAGCCGAUCUGUGUCAGAAGGAGCAUCCAGACAGCAUGGAAUCGUCAUCUUCUUCUUCUGAACGCGUAGCGCACGCACGCUUCCUGGAUUUACCUUUACCUCUGGAUCUCGCUGGAUCUGAGCCUCUCUCUCCCGUUCGGAGCCGUGAGUAUGUUUGCUAGCACAAAGUUUUCUAAUCAUUAGGUAAUCGUAUCUUUUCCGACAAUGAAGCUUUUAGCCUAAAGUGCAAGGAGGAGGGAAAAAUCAAUAGCUUUGCUGAAAUAGUUUUCGUGGCUCGGCUGGCUCUAAUGAUCAGCCGGAAAACUGGAGUCCUCCGAGUGUGGCCAUGCCUAAGAAGAAAAGGACUACAACAACACCAAUCGUUUCUUUUUCAUCAGGGCACCGCCGUGAAUGCCAGCAUCUAUAUUUAAUGCGCAGUGGAAGGCUUGCUUUUGCUUUUAAGAAAGUGAUGUGAUUGAUACCUGCUCGUGGACGAUCUCGUAGCCCCAGUCCAUUUAGAUUAAGAAUCCCUGGAGAACUGUGGGCUUUCGACUGCAACACUUGCCAGUUAAUUGAACCCAUUUCCUGCUUCUUCAGGCUCUUAGGUUCUCCCCCAUGCACAGAGAGCUCCCCGGUCCUUCAUUGAUCCUCUCUCAGGUCUCAGCUCGUCUGGAGCUGGAGUCACAGCCCAGAGUAGCGUGCACCGCUUGUGGGCAGCUCGAUCACCUCCUCCCUUCUCGCUGCCCACUCCACCUUCCAGCAUGAGCCUGCUGCACACUUGAUCUCCCAGCUGGUGAGGACAGGAAGGUUGCGAGUUGGCCGACGAAUGGAUUUUGAGCUGUCGGCUUCGACUUCGCGCUUACGUUAUUCCAUGAGAGGAUGCUGUAACCUUAUCCAGGUGCACCCUCCCUCUUCUGCCACGCUUCCACUUUCAGAACUGCCUCGACGCUUGACAGCUGUUGCGGCUCUGUCCUGGCCCCAAGGGCUGUGAUGAACUACAUCUUCGGGAAUAACACGCUGUACCCGCGAGGCGGUCGGGCCAACACCGCAUCCGGACAUGCCGCCCCAGGGUCCAAGCAGAGGCAGUGGGCCAAGCGGAGCUCCAGCGAAGAACUGCCUUCGUCUUCCUCUCGCUGGCAGCAGCUGCUGGCCUUCUUCACGAGACGCGGUGCCUUCAGCGACUGCAUCACGGCAGGAGCAAGCCAGCAGGCAGAUGUCAUUCCUCCCUCCGCUCCCAUAAUCCCUGUGAUCCCUAUCUCACCCGUCCCAGCAGAGACCACUGCCAUUCCUGCACCCACGUCACAGGCAAGCCCAGCACCGGUGGUGGUGAACACAGAAAGCCUUGACACCUCGCCCUAUGUAAGUCCAUAUGUGAAUGGAACAGAAGCUGAUUAUGAAUAUGAAGAAAUUACACUUGAACGGGGGAACUCAGGCCUGGGUUUCAGUAUUGCAGGCGGUACCGAUAACCCCCACAUUGGCGAGGACCCAAGCAUCUUUAUCACCAAGAUCAUCCCAGGAGGAGCUGCCGCACAGGAUGGCAGACUCAGAGUUAAUGACUGUAUACUGCGGGUAAAUGAUGUAGAUGUGAGAGAUGUAACUCACAGCAAUGCUGUCGAGGCAUUGAAGGAGGCAGGCUGCAUUGUCAGACUGUACGUCAGAAGAAGAAAAGCUGUCACAGAAAAAAUAAUGGAUGUAAAGCUGGUAAAAGGUCCUAAAGGUCUAGGUUUCAGUAUAGCCGGAGGAGUUGGAAACCAACAUAUUCCAGGUGACAACAGUAUUUAUAUCACCAAAAUCAUUGAGGGAGGAGCGGCCCACAAAGAUGGACGGCUACAGAUUGGAGAUAAACUUCUGGCUGUGAAUGCUGUUUGCCUUGAAGAGGUCACUCAUGAAGAUGCCGUGGCUGCCUUGAAAAACACCCCUGAUGUCGUCUAUUUAAAAGUGGCGAAACCCACUAGUGUCUUUAUGAAUGAUAGUUACGUUCCUCCCGACGUCACCAGCUCCUAUUCCCAGCACAUGGAGAACCAUAUCAGCACCCAAAGCUAUCUGAGUCAGCCAUUAACCCCCGCCACCCCAUCUCGCUACUCUCCUGUCUCAAAAGGCAUGCUGGGAGAUGAUGAGAUCACAAGGGAGCCUAGGAAAAUAGUCCUGCAUCGGGGCACCACAGGACUAGGCUUCAACAUUGUAGGAGGAGAGGAUGGAGAGGGAAUCUUCAUCUCAUUCAUACUAGCAGGAGGGCCUGCAGACCUAUGUGGAGAAUUAAGGAAAGGAGACCGUAUCAUCUCUGUAAAUGGGGUGGACCUCCGCAGUGCAACGCAUGAACAGGCAGCUGCAGCACUGAAGAAUGCUGGACAGACUGUCACCAUCGUGGCUCAGUACAGACCUGAAGAGUACAGUCGGUUUGAAGCCAAAAUCCAUGAUCUACGGGAGCAGAUGAUGAACAGCAGUAUUAGUUCAGGCUCCGGCUCAUUGCGGACUAGUCAGAAGAGGACCCUGUAUGUCAGAGCCCUGUUUGAUUAUGACAUAACGAAAGACUCUGGCCUGCCCAGUCAGGGGCUGAACUUCCGCUUCGGCGACAUCCUACAUGUCCUGAAUGCCUCGGACGAGGAGUGGUGGCAAGCGCGGCAUGUAACUACAGAUGGCGAGAUGGAGGAGAUGGGCGUCAUUCCCAGCAAGAAGAGGGUGGAGAGGAAAGAACGAGCCAGGUUAAAGACAGUUAAAUUCAACUCCAAGUCUCGAGACAAAGGGCAGUCACUCAAUGACAAGCGUAAAAAGAACCUCUUUUCACGAAAAUUCCCUUUCUACAAGAACAAGGACCCCAGCGAACAGGAAACAAGCGAUGUCGACCAGCAUGUAACUUCUAAUGCCAGCGAUAGUGAAAGUAGUUACCGUGGACAGGAAGAGUAUGUCCUCUCGUACGAGACAGUCACGCAACAAGAAGUGAGUUACACUCGUCCAGUGAUUGUCCUUGGACCCAUGAAAGACCGGAUCAAUGAUGAUCUAAUCUCUGAGUUUCCGGACAAGUUUGGAUCAUGUGUUCCCCACACGACUAGACCAAAGCGAGACUAUGAGGUUGAUGGCAGAGACUACCAUUUUGUUAUUUCACGGGAGCAAAUGGAAAAAGACAUUCAGGAUCACAAAUUCAUCGAGGCCGGUCAAUAUAACAAUCACCUCUACGGGACAAGCGUGCAGUCAGUGCGAGAGGUUGCAGAAAAGGGCAAGCACUGCAUCCUGGAUGUCUCAGGCAAUGCCAUCAAACGACUCCAGUUAGCACAGCUCUACCCCAUUGCUGUGUUCGUGAAACCCAAAUCAGUGGAGAAUAUUUUAGAGAUGAAUAAGAGAUUGAUGGAGGAGCAAGGCAGGAAGACCUAUGACAGAGCCAUGAAACUGGAGCAGGAAUUCCUAGAGCACUUCACCGCCAUUGUACAAGGAGACACAUUAGAAGAGAUCUACAACCAGGUUAAGCAGAUCAUCGAGGAGCAGUCUGGGCCAUUCAUCUGGGUACCAGUCAAAGAGAAAUUGUGAGAAGGCUGGAGACAAAUAAACCUUAUUUUACUUUCAACUUUUUUUUUGGAUUUUUUUUUUCUUUCUGUUUUCUUUUUUAUACUAACCUGGCCUGCUGCUUGCAUUGGCUUUCUGCCCCCCCGAGCAUAGGAAAUACAUUUUCUUUGGAUGGGCUUGGGAUCGCGGUGGUCCUACGGGGCCACCUUUCUCACUCUCAUGCCUCUCUUUGAAACUGCUGUCUAGUCCUCGCAUCCCAAUCUCCGCAUUUCAUCCUCCGGUGGGAGGAGACAUGCCUGACCAGCGACUUACUGGACAGAUUAUACGGUACAGAUUCCUUAAUGUUUAAGGGAGGUGACUUUCUCGAAGGAAAACCAAUGAGUUAAUGCAUUAUAUACAUUUUGGUUUGUUCUUUUUCCCAUGUAUGAUCAGAAGUUAACGCUUUCAUGUCUGCAACUGAAAAGACAUGAAGCAACACUUUGCACGUUUUUGCAUUAAGAGCAUGUUUUGGAUUCUUCUUUUUCUUACGUUCGUACGGUUUUUGUCAGACUACGUGAACUGCAACCACCAUUUUACUUUUGUUUUCUCUCAUGUAUCUUGUAAAAUCAAGCAGCCCACUCAUUUUAAGCAGCUGAUCUGUUUUGUCACAAGUGCACAAAGAGGACAAAAACGUUUGGCACAAAAGUUCUUCUUUUUAUAUUAAAUGUCUAUUUGUCUUAACAAUCUGUGUACAUUUUAAUCAAGGUGCAUAUGGGAGUAGCUUUUAGUCGAGGUGAAAAGGAACAGCUUACAAUUAUCUUUCAAAUCCAGGUGACGACAUAUUCUUACUUAAAGAAACAGCAAUGCAAAUAAGAGAGUAUAAAUUGUAAUGUAUAUUCAACCCUCAGUAUACUGCCUAUUUUGUUAUAAUAAAAGUCUAUAUUGAGCUUUAAUUAAACUCCACACCUAUGGGAAUUAUUUUCUUUAUAAUGUCAAACAUACACUCGUACGAAUACGCGUGUAUGUAUAUAAAAAUAAAUAUAAAUAGAUAUAUAAAUAUAUAUAUUUUCCUUUACUUUUACCACCGUCACUUUGGUUGUUUAUGGUUUGUUUUUAUGCAAAAACACUGACACAGGACACAUGGGCUGAAUGGUGGUGUUCCAUUUGCAUCUGCUCAAACAAUAUGAAAUCAAACUCAAGUUGGCAGUUUGUAGUCUUCAGCUCUUUCUCUCUCCUAUGUAGUUAUGUCAUAUUUACUUUUUCAUGUGACGUGCAUGAUUUCUAAAAGCAAUAGUCUUGACACAUUAAAUAUGAGCGAGAAGCGGAGGAGAGGGCUUCUCUUUCGGUUUUCACCUGGGAUUGUGAAAAUGUCAGAGUUAGCAUGAACUGUAAACGUUGAGGCUAGGAGAUUCUUGCCUCCAUGUAUGUGAACUUGUCGACUGCCCAUAGCUGAGGAGAGAUUUGCUUUGCCACUCUCUAACACAAGCCUUUAACUCUCCACCGGGGGCCGCGCUGACGGCGUCCCAGUUUCAUUUUUUAAGUUACUCGGAGAUGAUUGUUUUCUAAAAGAUUGCUUCUCUAACUUGUCAUCAUGGCUUUCUAACACAUUUUUGACUAGAUUAUGUACAUAAUCUGCCAACUUGAUUCAUUCCAUUUGUCAAAAAGGAGAACAGCUAAUAAAAACUUUUUUCUCAUA